AUGAGAAAAACAAAGCUAUUCUGGGUGUCAGCUGGAGCCCCUCUUGCAUCAGUCAUCAUCUCCACUAUGUUGGUUUUUGCAUUCAAAGCUCAACACCAUGGCAUCAGCGUAAUUGAAAAAUUACAAGAAGGAUUAAACCCUCCUUCAUGGAACAUGUUGCAUUUUCAUGGAAGUCAUUUGGGACUGGUAAUGAAAACUAGGCUUGUCACUGGCAUCAUCUCCCUCACUAUGAGUUUCUGUUCUUCUUUCCCCCCUCGUUAUCCUGAUGAAGUUGAGUUAAUUGACAGUGAUGGUGACACCCCUCUUCCUCAUGCCACUGUUCCAAUACACACCAAACGUUGUGCUGGGUGCAAUCAUAGUCAUGCAGUUGUUGGCCUCAUUGACCUCCCUGCUGCUUAUCAUAUCUGGAAGGUCGAUAAAUUCGAUUUUGUUGUAAUGUUGUGUGCAUUCUUGGGCGUUAUUUUCAUCUCCAUUGAGUAUGGUCUAGCCAUUGCAGUAAGUUAUCCAUGUUCUGGUAGGGAUAUCUAUAUUCAAAUUUCUCCUACAAAUCACAAGGCCAAAAACGGUGAUGUUGGGAAACAUACCUGGAACGGAUAUAUAUCGCAAUCUUCACCAUUACAAAGAAGCUGUGAGAGUCCCAGGAUUUCAAGAUGGAUAGAAGAUUAUGUAACAGAAGAAGAAGAAGAAACCAAGAAGCACUCUGGACUCCACUUUGUGAUUCUUGAUUUAUCUGGUAAGUCUUAUGAAACAUGGUGCAAUAUAAGAUUUGUGAGAGUUGAGGGGGCUGUGAAUGCCAUAGAUACAAGUAGAGUCUCAUUUCUCAAGGAUUUAAGAAUGGCUAUGGAAAAGAAAGGGCUUGAGCCAAGAAAUAUCGACUUUCUUUUCAUCUCUCUUCUUGUACUGGUAAAUCCACUUGGGGAGGUGAUGGACAAAUUGCAGCGGGCAUAUGAAUCCCGAGAAUUUAUGAGGCUAGAUGCCCUUUUCUUGACUGUUAGAGAGGUCGUAACUACACUGACUUCCACAAUCAAGGGUCAAUCAUCAAACAAUGUAUGA